UUUUUUUUUUUUAAAGUACAGACUGUAAACUGACGUACUGUCUUUAUGUAGUAAAGGAUGUGUUUCUGUAUGUAUGUAUGUUUUUAAUGUGUAAUACUUUUAAUGAGAAGUCUCUCAUUACUUCGUCCUCGGCAUUUUAUUUAAACCGGUUUUGUUCGUGUCAGCAAUAUAUCCAUAAUUCCUGCUGUUUAGUUUUUGUUUAGACUAAACGGUCGGCGCAGUAUCUUACUGUUAUAUGCCUGAAAGGUAGCCACUGGGACCUCUCUGUCAGAACAUCAAUGGAUCUUCUGUAAAACAUAAAUAGAAGAAGAGAAAGGUGUACAUUGCUGGUAAAGAAUGUGGCAGAGCAUUGGUCUGACCUUCUUCGUUAUUAUUGCCACCCUGGUAUGUGUCUUGCUGUUCAUGCUUUUUGGGUGGUACGUUGUGUGGCAGCUGUUCCUGUCAAAAUUUAAAUUCCUGCGGGAGCUGGUGGGAGACACCGGGUCCCAGGAGGGAGACACUGAACCAACCGAAAUGGAGGCUGAGCGUGAGUCUCCUCCAACGCCCCGCCACAGACCCAAAACUGCCCGGCAACGGAAAGCACCAACUGAAGAGGCCAUGUAAAAUACCCAGCCUGGGCACCCUGUUCAGACCUGUUAAUUAGGUCUCUAAACACAACUGCAUUCUAGGAGUUGGUUUAGUUUCAGACACAAAGCAUAUUUAAUGUAACAUUACUGUCAGUGUGGUACACCGCUGCUAAAAUGUAUUCAGUAUCUACUAAAAACCAUGUUUUUCUGACUGGUUUCUAAUUUGAGAACAUGCUGCUGCCAGCGAGUAGUGCUGUUGUCCAUGAAACUUUGCUGCUUGCUUCUCAGUCAUGCAUUUGCUUGCCAAAACCAAGAUGCUGUCUUUUACAGACAGAGCAACAUUUGGAAACCCAAUUUAGAUGGCAGAAUCAUCUUACUCUAAUAUGACAGCAGUUCAGUAGAUUUUCCAGCUCAGAACUGAUCUGCUCAUAGUCAUGCUAAUGUGCAAUGAAAGGAAUAUCGGAUUCUAUCUAAAUGGGGCAGCUGUAGCCAAACUGUUAGAUGCUCUUCAGUAAGCUACACAACAUGAUCCUUGGCCUGCUUCUGCUAGUGGGUACCUACUAGGACACAGCACUGCAUGCUAAUGGACAUUCUUACACCCUAGUUUGCAUGGCUUAAGAACAGGUCUGCUUUAUACAAUUGUUAUAAAAAAUAACUGAUCAUAACUUUCAGCCCUCUGUGAAGUCCAUGUUUGUGGUGCACAUUCACGUUAUUUGUCUGUUUUUUUUUGUAGUUGUUUUUGUUUAUUUUACAGUAUCUGAUUGUUGGGUGCUUUCAUGGUUAAUGUAAUUCAUAUUUAACAUCUCGACACUGUAAACUUUACAAAUUGUGUAUUUUAGUUUUUUUCAACAGCUAUUGUUCUCAAUAAAUAUAUUUCUUAAAAAAAAGUUUGUUUUAAUGGUAUUACUAAAUAACAUGCAUGGCUUUGCAUGAAUAAAAACAAGUAUGUUAAAGCAAUGAUGUAUCAAGAUGUGUUACAACAUGAACAAAUAAAACCCAGUUAA